AGGGUCACCCAACUUAUAUCUCGAAAUUUCACGAUUUCUACAAGUUCUGUCCUGGGAGGCAAGAGUAGAUGAAAUGAGCACACUCUACGACAGGCAAAUAAACCUCAACGCUUAGCCGCCCGGCACCUCCUAGGGCCGGAAGCCUCUCAGCCCGAAGCCGCUGCUGGCUGCAACCUCCGUCCCGCAGUCCAAUUAGCAGCCGCGACCCGGCGCCCGCCCACGCCGCGUCACGAGUCAGCCAAAGAUGGCUGCGCCCAGGUAAUUUGAGCAAAGGCCACAGUGACCCCCGGCGUGGCUGAGGAAGACCUGAGGAGGCACCCACAGGCUGCUGGGAGGAGAGCAUAAGCUCAAAAUGGAAAAUCAUAAAUCCAAUACCAAGGAAAACAUAACAACUGUUGAUAUAUCCAGAAAAAUUAACCAGCUUCCAGAAGCAGAAAGGAAUCUACUUGAAAAUGGAUCAGUUUAUGUUGGAUUAAAUGCUGCUCUUUGUGGCCUCAUAGCAAACAGUCUUUUUCGACGCAUCUUGAAUGUGACAGAGGCUCGUAUAGCUGCUGGCUUACCAAUGGCAGGGAUACCUUUUCUGACAACAGACUUAACUUACAGAUGUUUUGUAAGUUUUCCUUUGAAUACAGGUGAUUUGGAUUGUGAAACCUGUACCAUAACACGGAGUGGACUGACUGGUCUUGUUAUUGGUGGUCUAUACCCUGUUUUCUUGGCUAUACCUGUAAACGGUGGCCUAGCAGCCAGGUAUCAAUCAGCUCUGUUACCACACAAAGGGAACAUCUUAAGUUACUGGAUUAGAACUUCUAAGCCUGUCUUUAGAAAGAUGUUAUUUCCUAUUUUGCUCCAGACUAUGUUUUCAGCAUACCUUGGGUCUGAACAAUAUAAACUACUUAUAAAGGCCCUUCAGUUAUCUGAACCUGGCAAAGAAAUUCACUGAUUUUAAACAAAUAUGUAAACAAAAAUAAAAUGGUAAAAACA